AUGAGAGCGCUUAUAUGGAUUAAAGCUAUUAAUGAAAAUGUUCCUAUGGUAGAAGCAGAUUGGUGGAACACCCUUGCUGAAUGUUUUUCAUUAAAGCCUCCUUUGGUGUCCUGGUGUCCCCCUUCAGAGGGUUGUUUGAAAUUUAAUGUCGAUGGAGCUUUCAAAGACCCGUCUGCGGGUUGCGGAGGUGUGUUGAGAAAUAGCAAGGGAGAUACCAAAGCAUUGUUCUCUGCUCCGGUGGAUCCUAUUAAUUCAGAUUAUUCUGAACUAAUGGCAAUAAAAACGGUUUUGGCAUUAUUCUUGGAAACGGGCUGGUGUGAGAACUUCAGUCUUUCUAUUGAAUCGGAUUCGCAGUUGGUGUUAAAAUGGAUUGAAUCGUCAUCUGAGAGACCUUGGAGGUGGCGGGAUAUCUUUGAGGAGAUUGAUAGCUAUCUUAAGCGGAUUGAAGGAGUUAAGUUUGUCUAUGUCCCGAGAGAGGGGAAUGGGUUUGCGGACCAUUUGGCGAAACAACGUUUGCUGUGCUCUAUGUUGUUCAAAGCUUGGUGGGAUUGA